AUGUCCCCGCCCACCUCCGCUCGAGCGCACGUCCAUCUCGCGCGACACGCGCGCGAGCGCCCCAGCGACGUCGCGUGCGUCGACAUCGCGCUCGAUGACGCCGCGCACGCGCGCACGCGGAGCCCCGUGUGCUGGCUCGAGCUCAGCGCGCGCGUCGACGCCCUCGCGGGGAGACUCUCACGCCGAGGCGGUCGCGUCCUGAGCGCGUGCGCGGGCGGCACGGAGGCCCUCGUGUGCUUACUCGCGUGCGGAAAGGUCGGACGCGCGAUCGUGAGCGUGGACGCGCGCGCGUGGCCGGUGGAGCGCGUCGCGGCGGCGGCGGCGGCGACGGGCGCGACGACGACGGCGCUGACGGAUGGAUCGGACGACGGCGUCGUCGACGUCCUACGACGGGUGAUGGAUGACGACGUGGACGUUAUCGAUGUCAACGCGCCGUCGAGUACGGCGUCGACGUCGGGACGCGACGACGAUCGGAUGGCGGAGUCGGACGCGGAUGAGUGGUUCGUGUCGUUCACGUCGGGGACGACUGGGGGAGGGUUGAAAGCGAUCGCGAACACGCACGCGCGAGCGAUGGCGUACGGCGCGGCGAAGGCGCGCGUGGAGGAGUUAUCUGAGAACUCGCGGGUGUGCUUGGCGUCGAACGCGACGUUUGAUUUAUAUCCGGGCGACGUCGCCGCGGCGAUGCUAAGCGGAAGCGCCGUGGUUGUCGCGUCGCGAGAGGUGAUGCAGCGCGAUCUAGCACGCGUGCUCACCCUCGGUGAUGUCACGCACGUGUGCUGCACGCCGACUAUAUUUUCACUCAAUCGCGCUAUGCCCGAGGAGCUCCCGAAACUGCGGUGCGUGUCGCUCGCGGGUGAAAAAAUGUCGCUUCAGACGCUCGAGCGGUGGGCCCCAGCGGUGAGCUUGUACAAUGUCUACGGGGCCACCGAGACGACGGUGGUGCAGACGUACGCGCGUAUGCGCGGUGUAGAUGACGAUCCCAGCCGGGCGGGCGUGGCGUACGAGAAGUUUGCUUUCGUGCGCAUCGUCGAGCGAUUCGAGCCGAAUGCCUCGGGUGUGGCGGCGUUUGCGAGCGAGCCGGGAUUCGUCGGUGAGAUCGCCAUCGGCGGUCCGUGCGUGUGCGACGGGUACGAGAACGAUCGCGAGCGCACCAAUGCGAUGUUUGUCUCAUCGCCGCUCGGACGUGUCUACCUUACGGGCGACAGAGGGAGCAUCGACGCAUCUGGUGAUUUGUUUCUCUGCGGACGAAACGAUAGACAGGUGAAAAUUCGUGGACAUCGAAUGGAGCUGGAUGAUAUCGAGAGCGUCGCACGGUCGUUUCCAGAGCUCGCCGAUGAUGCUGUGGUAUUUUACGAGGACGGCGUGCUCACGGCGCAUGUGCGGAUCUCAUCGCCAAGGUAUCGCGCCGAGGAUGCGGAUUUAUACUCCUUCGCGCUCGAACGCGUCGUCGAGCGCCGUUUGCCCGCGUACGCGGUCCCGAGGCGAAUCGUUUUGAUACCGCGAGACGAGUGGCCCUUGACGUCGAGCGGGAAGACGAAUCGACCGUUACUCAAAAGUUGGCUCGAGAGCGGACGCACAUUGGUUUUUCGCCCGGAGCGAACGCCACCUGAGCCCGGAUUGGAAACCAUACUCGCCGAGGCGUGGGCUCGGGCGCUCGGUUUCAGCGAAGACGGCGGUAUUUCGGGUGUGGGUGCUUUAGACGCGUUCGAUGCGCUCGGUGGGAACUCCAUUAACGUGCUGGCCGUUUCGAGAGCGCUCGAGGGCGACGCGAGGCUUGCGUUUUCGACCGAGUCAUCGAACUCAAGUCGACCGCGCGAUGAGAACCAUGUUACCGGUCUUCACGUCGGCGAGGCCGCCGCUCUGUUACGCCAGAGCGGCGAUGAGCCCGCGGCGUGCGCUUUCGGUCACGUCGAUGGCCCAUUUGCACCUUGCGAGAUAUUAGCCAGACCGGUGCUCAGGGAUUACGCGGCGUAUUUGCGAUCGCGCGGCGUCGACGUUUGCGGCUGGUGCUCGGCAUCAGCGGCAGCCAUUGAUCUCGCGCCCGUCGCGAGCCGUCGUCUUCUCGCCGCGUGUGGACGCGGCGUAGCGCCCGUCGUCAGCGCACUUUUGUCAUGUGGCGUCCAGGCGACCGCUCGAUGUCUCGGAGCCGCCGCGGCGAGCUCGUCCGAAGACGCCGACAUUGUCGUCAAUGCGAUCCUCGAGCGCGGCGGCGUCGAUAUCGCGAUUGAAGCAUCGAAUGCGGGCACACUUGCGACGCACAUCGCCGCCGCUCGAGGUCACGCGAGUAUCCUUAUCGCACUUCUUAAAUUCGGCGCCCCUCCUGGGGCGAGGGAUGCCGAUAAGCAGACGAUUUUACAUCUCGCAGUGCGAGGCGGCGACGCAGAGACGAUUUUCGUCGCAGCUAAAGCGUGCAAACAGUUAAGGACGCGUAAGGGUGGAUUAGAGGCGUGGGAUCGAUGGAAACGCACUGCUGCGGCUUGGGCGCUUCUUGCAGGCGACGCUCAGGCUCUGGCCAUCCUGCGAGACGCCGGAGCGGAGCUCACCUCGCUCGAGGCGGAUGUCGGCUCUCGAUGGGUGCACGGAACGUUGAGCGCGAAGAGCAAAGUACAGAUGGCGAACAGACCAGAACGCAAACGAGCUGCGGAGCGAGACGUCAUGAGGACGCUGAUCGAUCGUCUGGAUGACGACGAUGAUGAGAGGCGCGCGGCGGCGGGAGCGAUUAGAGAGCUCGUGUGCGCAAAUGCUGAGAACCGAGCGAGCGCGCUCGUUUUGGGCGCUGUGCCGAAACUCUGUGCGCUCAUUCGGAAAGUGCGAUGCUUGGACGCCAUGGGAGCGUUGCGAAAUCUCGCGUCACAUACGGCGAGCGCGAUCGAAGCCGGGAACCACGGCGCGAUGGAGGCGCUCGGAGACAUCAUUCGUGACGUCGCCAGUGAUGAGGACAAGCGCGUGAUGUACGUAGCCGCAAGCGCGAUGCGCGCGCUCGCGUUCAAAUGCGACGCAAACGCCGAGCGUCUCGCUCGAGCCAGCGACGUGGCGGAAAUAGUCGCUCGGAUGUGCGAUGGAAUGAAACUAUGA